AUGGGCACCAAAUUUCCUGCGUUCAUUGCUACUGGUACUGCCCUUACUGUACUUGCUGCGGGUCCUAUUGUAGGAGGAGGACUGGGACUGUUUGGCUUCGGGGCUGCUGGUGUGACUGCCGGCUCCCUCGCUGCCUCGAUCCAAGCUGGAAUCGGCAACGUCGCUGCGGGCUCCUUGUUUGCCUUCCUCCAGAGCGCCGGGGCUGGCGGAGUGGCGCUCCCGGUCCUUACAGGUGUUGUCAAAGCCGUCUUAGCUACGGCUCUCUCCGCCGUUGGUGCAAAGAGUGUCUUGAAGCUGACCAGGAGGCAUGUGGUGGCUGCUGUGAGGGUGGCCAGAGUGGCACUAUUGAGGGAGCACCUCAUUAGGCGAAGAGGGGUGUUCAUCGGUGGUUCGGGUCAUUAA